CACUCAUCAUCAGACUGAAAAAUAAAAACUGCAGGAGCGCGAGGAAGACACAUUCAAUGCCAUCAUGAUCUUAAUUUCAUUUUAAACAGCUGUAAUACGGACAUGCAUUGUAAUUUUGCCUAAAACAUUUGUUUUUGCACCAAGGCAACUUAUUGCAAUAACACAGAAAGGCUGUGCUCUCAUCUGGUGUGUAACGUGAUGCAGUAGUUUCCGUAAAUGGGCUUUACUCGAUGGCGACAGUUCAGUGGUGCUGAAGCCGCGUGAGGGCUCGCGCUCAUCACCACAAACGUUUCACGAGCCACUUGACUGUCAUCUUACUGAGAAGUUUGUCUUCUUUUUUACUUUUGCCAAGUGGCGGGACGGAUUAAAAAUAUUAUUUCCAUGCGCCCGACUUCAUCCGCCGCAUUUCCUACAGAAGAAUGACUUCGGUGUGGAAAAGACUGCAAAGAGUUGGCAAAAAAGCCACGAAAUUUCAGUUCGUCGCGUCGUAUCAAGAACUUGUUCUGGAAUGUACGAAGAAAUGGCAACCAGACAAACUGAGAGUGGUGUGGACGAGAAGGAACAGACGCAUUUGCUCAAAGCUUCAUUCAUGGCAGCCAGGCAUCAAAAAUCCAUACAGGGGAAUGGUUGUGUGGCCUGUACCUGAGAAUGUAGACAUUACUGCCACACUUUACAGGGACCCACAUGCAGAUGAGUUUGAAGACAAAGACUGGACAUUUGUCAUUGAGAAUGAGACUGCAAAGGGCAGCCGGAAAGUUCUGGCGUCCGUGGAUUUGAAUAUGAAAAAAUUUGCCAGUUUGACACACUCUCAGACAGAUCUGACGCUCAAAAUGAAACCUCUGUCGGUCAAGGUGGUGGAAGCAACUCUAAAGCUCUCCCUAUCCUGCGUGUUCCUAAAGGAAGGCAAAGCAACGGACGAGGACAUGCAAAGUCUUGCCAGCUUGAUGAGCGUAAAACCAACAGAUAUCGGAAACCUGGAUGACUUUAAUGAGAGUGAUGAAGAAGAGGAUAAAAGAUCAAGUUCUGGGAUUAAUCCCAAUACUGCAGUUCCAGCAUCCCACCCUACUCUUCGAUCAACACGUUCUCAAGAAAAGAGGCCGGCAUCUUUAAAGAACCCUUCAGUAAUAGUCGGUGGUAAGGAGAGGACGGCUGCUGGUGUCCUCUCACGGCCAGUGUCUGGCACUGUCCCUAAACCUGACCUGCCAUCACGCCCACCAUUACCCACCCUGCCCAGCCCAACCUUCCGCCCCGGGCCCUCACCCGCUCGCACCCGACCGCCACGUCCACCACCCCCCGCUCAAUCGCAGGCCCCACCUGACUCCCAAACAGACCAUAACAUUACUGCUUUGCUCCCACCGGCUCUGCCCAAAAUCUUUCAGCCAUCCCCUGGCUCAGCUCCUGUGUCUUUUGCAAGAAGACUCUCAGGGUCUGAAGGCCCCUCUGAGGGUCUCGUGACCUCUGACUUUCCUCUGCUUAAACAACUUCCUUUGGCUUCUCCUUCUGAUCCCUUCCUCUCUCACACUCCUUCACCCCCUACUGUGAGCCUGAAAGAUUCUUCGUGCAGCAAUGUUUUUAAGCCUAAAAUUGUCCCUGGUGCCCGACCCGUGUCACCCACUCCUGUUGCCCUCCUCGAACAAACCUCUUCGCGUUGUCUCUCUGACACUCUUAAGCGACCUUCUGCUGGCACAGUGCCAGGGCCUGCACAUUUAAAUGAACAGAAGAUGGCUGUUUCUACUCCAUACUUCUGUACCUCUUUUACUGAACCUGUGACACCUGUCCCUUUGCUAAGCACUCCAGAUCUUGAUGCUCUGUGCGAAACUUCUGAUCCCUUUAAAUCACUUUACAAGUCAUCUCCACCUUCUUCUGCACCCCUCUCCUUCCUCACCAGCAAACCUAUUCCAGCCUCAUCUACCCCAGUAAUUCUCUCAUCUUCUUCUCCUGCUGUUGCUCUGUCAACCCCUGAUUCCCUCGCAGCUUCCCCCUGCUGUUCACCUGAGCCUUCCGCUGCCCGGCCAGAGAUAACAAGGGAGCUCAAUACACUUACAGAAGAGGAUCAGACAAAUCCAUUUCUACAAGAUUUAGUCGUCGAACGACUGAAGAACCCUGAGGCCACACAGGAGCAGCAUCACUCGCCUCGAACCGUGUGCAGCAUUAGCAUUGCUAAUCAACAACCUACUUCCUCCCAGUACACUGAAAUCAGCAGCACUAAAGAAAAAGAGCCUAUAGCUUCAAGAGCUGGGUCAGCCAAGGCUGUCGAAAGUCCUGAGCCUAUUAGCAAGUCAACAAUUGACUCAUCUGAAGAAAAGCACACAUUCGUAUUUGAGGAACUGGAUACUGGGACUGUGCCUCCUCCACACCCAUUCUCUGUUCCAUCAAAACCUUCCUCAUCUAUGCCUUCGAAACUUGCUGAUUCAAAAUACGUUCAAGAUGAAAACCUGCAUGUGUUUACUGCAGAGAAACCACCUUUGGCUGAGGAAGAGCCAGAUUUUCAAGUGGAGGAUUUUGAUACAGUGUUCAUGACCACUCCGCCCAAUGAAGAUGCUUCAGUUGGCGGACAUCAGGAAAAAGAGAUGCAAGCUUCAGGGAAAGUCCAGCACACUUCACUUGAUAGUGAAGGGUCAAUGCAGUCCAGCCUGGUUCAAACCUCAUCAAUGACUAAUAACUGCGCAAAGCAACAACAAAAUACAAAUACAGAAUCACCAGGGGAAGUCAUAUUGAAAGAGGAACCAGCUGAGGGUGCUCUGCUUUGUGCAUACCUUAACAAAUCGGAUGAGGACAAAAUGAUGAAACACAUUGCUUCGACGAUGGUAACACAGGCAGAGCAAAAUAUCCCCAACAUUUUAUCCAGUUUAGCUCUACCACAGCAAGAACCUACAGCUGAGAAAAGUUCUCCCAAACCAGUGUUGGUGGAAGAAGUCCUUGCACCUGAAGAAGACAGUAUGUGGAUUGAAAAGCAGUCCCAAAUUGAUCAAUUGAAAACAAUUCUAACUAUCGAGGAAAGUGAAACCAAUUUGGCUUGUACCCAGGACGUCCCUCCAGCAUCUGAAAACCCCAGUGUCAACAAGAUAAAAGACACUGCCCCCGAACAACUUAUUCAUCCCCAACACUUGAAGCCCGUUUGUGAACCUGAGCUGAUGGUAAAGGAGCCAUCCAGUACAGAAUCAACCCAAAAGAGUACAGAGCCCAAAUUAGUUGACCACGCAAAGGUUCCAAUCUGGAGCGUCCAGGAAGACAAAGUAAAAAAUGUAGAGGAUCAAACCAGAGAUGAGGAAAUGCAUAAGCAUAAAACACCUCAUGAGAUACCAAAAGAAGAGAACGAAGCUAAAGUGACUUCAAACAAGAAUUUAGAUGCAGGUGAAAACGCAUCACACAACCAAAUCAAGGAAGCUGGGUUAAUAGAACCAGGUCUGUUUUCAGAAGAACCUGUGUCCCAGACAAAACCUUCCAUUGCGUUUAAACCACAACCAGCUAAAACAAUUAAGAAGAAACGAGAGGUCAUAAAAGUCAGUAUACCAGUCCGCAUGAGACCUCCAUUGCCUGAGAUCUUACCUGCUGCUGCUGUGAAGGAACAGGACAACAGGACAUCAUUGCAUCUGGAGACUCUUUGCCCUUUCACCUCAUACGUGGACGUAGAGUCUGAAAUAAAGGAUUCAAAAAUCACAUUUGAAACAGAGAGUCUCUUAUGGGCCACUUUAGAGGAGAAAGCAAAAUAUAAAGAGGACGAAGAAGCUAGCACUGCAAAGAUAAUGCCAAAAGAAAUCUUGGACCGGGGCAAAAGUGGACUGGAGACCUCAGAAACCAAGCAAGAGAAACCAGAAGAUUCUUUCAACUCGGCCUGUUCACAUCACAAACAAGACCACGAUGAUAACAGAAAAAGUCCAACUGAGAUUUUAUUCCACACUGAGGAAGACAAGAUAACUGAAGAUUCAGAUGAUAAGAUGAGGCUGCAGUCAGACAGUGAGCCUGUUUGGACCACUCAGAAUGGACAAAAAGCAGAAGAUGUAGGACUGGAGACCGAGAGUGUCAGGUGUCUGUCAGGGGAAGAGUCUGAAGUUGAGCUUGACGUAGAUACAUCUAAAGAGGAACAUGACUCUAAACAGGGAGAUGCUUCUGUAGGGAUCAUUAAGGGUAUUUUCGGUGUUCUGUACAAAGGUUAUGAGACCAUGGCGUCUAUAGUUCAGCAACCAAGUCCAACAGGUGAUGAUGAUAAUCCAGAUGACACUGUAAUUGAAAUUCUCCCACCGGAGCCCUUUUGUGACACAAAAGUUGAGCGUCCAUCUGAUGACGUGACACAUGAAAAUGUUAUUAAAGAUACAGUACCGAUACAAGACAUCAAUGAGGUCGAGCCUUUGGGAAUGAGCCUAGUGGAGUGUCUGAAAUUGGCUGCUAGAGAAACUCAAAGUGAAGGAUCGAUAAAUUCUGAAGCCCAGGCAAAACAGAUGAUAGCCAAGGAGCCAUCGCAGAUUCCUACACCAUUACAAGACGACAAAAGUUUGAGGGAGGAACUAAACACCGAAGCGUGUAUUACAAACGAAAGCGUGGUAUCAGAGGUGGCAAAAAAUGAAGAACUACUCUUAACCACGCAGGACGAUGUAACUUCCAAGGAAAAUGUACAAGAACUUAUCGGUGUAGAAAUAGAUUCUCUUGUAAAAGAAGCAGAUUUUAAAGAAAUAGGAAUAGAACAAAGUUCAGACAAACACAAGGAACGUCCGCCUUGUAAAACUGUCAGAGGGGAGACAAAUUCUGGCAAGACAAAAGCCGCAGAUUUAAUGCCUUUGGCAAUGGACGAGGCUUUACAGGACGAGAUGGAAUUUGAAGUAGGUCAGGAAGACUUGGGAACGGUCUGGCUUGCCGAGCUAUAUAUGGACGGAGGACCGCAAGAAUCCGCAAUACCUCCGAUAUCACAAACACUGGAAACACCACCUCAGACCACCUUACCAUCUGAAUCCCUAAACCCUGCAUAUGUCUUGCAAGACAUCACAUCAAUGCAAACUAUUUCCCAACAUGCUAGCAAAGUAGUACCGCCCUGCAUAGAUGAGAGUUUGCAGUCACCACCCCCAGUGCCUUUACAGGAAGUUGGCCCUGAUGAUAUAAAUCAAGAUACUGUUUCCACAGCUGCCAACAGGCAUGCGGUUUCUCCACAAUGCACUGAAAAGGGAACCACCCAUACACAUUUAACAAAAGAGACAGCAGCUGUGACAACUAUUGAGAUAUGCAAAGUUGUUGGAGAAGAGACGAAAGAGUUGUCACCACUAGAGUGCGCUGUAGCCGACAGCAUGCUUGUAAACACUACUUCAACAAUUGAGAUGGAAAAGGAAAGUUCCCCAGUCAUCGUUAAGGCAACGCCUCCUUCAGAGAGCAUUCUUGUAACAGUCGCAGAGGGACCAGAAGAUAUAAACAUAGAUGAAAAUGUUGUUUCCGGGAAGGAUGUUUCUCCAAGAAGCUCAGUAGUUCCGUGGCCUUUCCCUUCUCCUAAAUUUGAAAGACAUCCCGAGACUUCAAACGAGCUCACAAAAGAUACAGAAAGUUCUUGUGAUCCCUCAGAAGAGAGCAUGCUUAUGGCAAAGAUUCGUGAAAUGGCAGAAGAUGACACCCCACAACCUUUGGCUCCUGCACCACGCACUAAAAAACGUUUGGUACCGUGCAUGUCAGACUUUGACCUUCCUCCAACUCCCCCCCUGCAACACAAGACCAGCAUAAAGUCACUUAAGGAUGAGACGAUGGCAAAUUUAGAUCAAAGCAUCUCUACGAAAACGGAGGUCUCUGGAGACGAAACUUCACCGAAUGUCAUCUCUUUGGAGCAGAUCACAAUUACAUGCAAUGAGAAGAUAGAUACCAGUCCAACUCGGACUCCUGAGAUCUGUACGACUCCAGAUCCUGGGUCAGAUGAUACCCAGAAAGAACCACAUGAUACAGAUGUUACUUUAAAUGACAAUGUCCAAUCUAAUAAUAAAGAUCAAAGUGUCCAAUUGGAAUGUGAGGCAGCUGAAAAGGAGUGCCAGGGUUCACCAGCCGUUGCGCCUACAACACCGGCACAUCAUUUAUUCUCAGAAACAACAGCUGAACUUGGAAAACAUGAAGAGCAAGAAUUAAGCAUUGAUAAAAGUGACGAAACUCAAAGUACACAGGAGAUGCCAUCUCCAAUGCCUGAUAAAUUGUCUGAUUUACCUCAGCCAAAGGAGUCCUUCAUUAAAACACCAGAGGAUAAAGGAUUUGAGAGCCCAUCUAAGAGCCCUGGCAGUGUACAUGUUAACGGACAGACCGGCACAUCCCAGGAAAUUGAAGUUCCUAUGCGCGGCAAAAAGAAAAUUCCAGCACCAGUGGACCUCACAGCAGUAAAGAAACUAGAAGAAUCCAUUAAAGAUGGUUCGGGAGUACCUGCUUGGGAAUUUGCAAGUCCACUGCCCAGUCCUGGUCUGGUGACAUCCAGUCAGUCCUUGCUGGAAUGGUGUCAGCAGAUCGCUAAAAACUAUAAGGGAAUAAAAAUUACAAACUUCAGCACAUCCUGGCGUAACGGCCUGGCGUUCUGUGCUAUCUUGCAUCACUUCCACCCUGAUUUAAUUACCUUUAAUGCAUUGGAGCCUCACAACAUAAAGGAAAACAACAAAAAAGCUUUUGAUGGUUUCGCAUCAUUGGGAAUCUCUCGUCUGCUGGAGCCUUCAGACAUGGUGCUUCUCUCCGUACCAGAUCGUUUGAUCGUCAUGACGUAUCUGUGCCAAAUCCGUGCUCAUUUCACCGGGCAGGAACUGAGCGUGCUGCAGAUCGAACAGAACAACAGUCAGUCCAGCUACGCGGUAGCCGAACCCAACCGGGGGCCGGACGUGGAUGUUGCAGCUAAAUUUUGUGCCGAGAGGCUGCAGGCAGGAGCUUUGUCUGGGGAGAGUAACAGCAGGGAGCCGCAGGGAGAGGAUCAAACAGAUACUGUGGCGAAGCAUAACGGAGGCCUCGUUCCUCCACCCCGGACUAGGCGUGCAGGAAAGGCAGAUGAGAACGGUAGUAAGGAUACAGCAAUCAAGGGAUCGGAGACGGAUGGAAGUGUGCAGACUCCAGUGGCUCCUCCGAGGUCAAACACGACGGCUUCUAAAUCAGGCUUAGGGCACUUACGAGACGCAGAUCUGGUCAAGAGACAGCGGUCACGGCGAAGGAGCGAAUCUAUAGAGAAGACAGAUUCAAAAGAGACUGGUAAAGGUGAGCUGGCGGGUGAAGGAACAAAUGGCUCAACAGCUGCCACCGAACAUGCUGAUACAGAACACCAUGAAGCAAACCAGCGAAAAUCAGCACAGUUUGAAAAAAUGUGCCUGCAGGACACCAAUCAGUAUGUGCUGAGUGAACUUCAGGCCCUGGAAACAGAACAGAAGCACAUAGAUAGUAGAGCUGCUAUCGUAGAGAAGAGGCUCAGGAGGCUUAUGGAAUCGGGAAGUGAUAAAGAUGAAGAAGAGAAGCUGAUUCAGGAGUGGUUCACUCUUGUUAACAAGAAGAACGCUUUGAUCAGGAGACAAGACCAUCUGGAGCUGCUGCAAGAAGAGCAGGAUUUAGAAAGAAGAUUUGAGCUGCUAACGCGAGAACUUAGAGCCAUGAUGGCUAUCGAAGACUGGCAGAAGACGCAGGCCCAGCAGCACAGAGAACAGUUACUACUGCAAGAGCUGGUGUCUCUGGUCAACAAGCGCGAUGAGCUGGUCAGAGACAUGGAUGCCAAGGAGAGAGGGGCUCUGGAGGAAGAUGAGAGAUUGCAACAAGGUCUGGAAGCAAGAAAGAGAAAAUACAGCAAUAAGGAAAAGUGUGUUCUUCAAUAAUUGCACAAAGCUGGAAUUUGUAAUGAAACUGUGGCUCAUUGUGUCACACACUGCACACCAAGGACUAUUUUUUUAAAAGUGUAAAUCUUUAAAUACACCAGGACGUGAGUGUGCCUUUAAACUGUCAAAGACUUUUUGCCUGAAGAUCAUGUAAGAAAGUCUUUUAUGUUGAAGACAUUUUCAGGAACAGUAGUUCCGGGGAUACCAUUUCAAGUCAAGAUGAUUAGUGAAAUUAUUUUUUGAACGUUUUAAGUUUUAAGAUUUUCAGUGUUUUCCUGUUGAUGGUUUUUCAUCACAAGUUUGGUUAAUAAGCAAUAUUACUUGAAAUCUGAAAAGUUCUCUUUUGCCUUAUGUUUUACUUAUCAAUAAACAAAAGCUCCUUGCACACUUCAAUAGCUGCUGGUGGGUUCAAUGCACACGGGAAACAAUAAAGAAAGGAGAAGUCUCACACAUCGUUGAAAAGCUUGCAAGAAAUAUGACAUUUAUCACUUUUGGUCAUGCCAGGCAUUGUUUUGCUGGAUUUGCUUCAUGAAACUUGCUUUCUCUCCUUAUGUACAAUUGAAAAAGGAAUGUUUUUCUACAUGGUGGGACAAUUAAGAUAAUUUGACACUUUUUUUGAAAGACAAAGAGGCUUGUGCCAAAGUUUUCUGUUGUUAAGUUAUUUAUUUGUCCAUGUUUGCAGGUAUAGUCUCUGUAUUGUGUUAGCUGCAAAUUGUAUUAUCUGAUGUGUUUUAUCAGACAGUAUCUGUAAAGAUGUUAUUUCAAGUUUCUCCAAAUGUACUUUUGCAUUGCAGUGCCUUUAGAGGUUUAAUACCUUUUGACAAGGGGCUUUUUUAUAUAAUAAAGCCAUUUUCUGUUUUAAAUUUUACAAAUAUUUAUGGGUUGUUUUAUAGAUAUACAAAAAUAUUUUUUCUCUGUAAUUUUUUGAUAUUUUUCAAGUGUUAUUCAUUCCUAUUUUAAGAUUUAGGAUAUUCAAUAAAGUUUGAUGAUGUUUGAA